AUGCUCGCUGCACAACGCUCCAGUGUUGUGGCCAUCGCCACUUUCGUGGUAAUGGCAGCACUAUCUUUCUAUGUGUUCCGCGACCAAGGCGCAUUAGUGGUUGAGAGAAUCACAAACCCGCCAUAUGUAUCAUCGAAACCGACCCUCCGAGAUACUAUCACCACAUUGUUUGCCUCAAUAAAACACGACCCGAGUGUUUCUGGCUACGUCGAUCCGUCUGGCACCUAUUACAAAGGUGGAAAUGAAGCAGUUUGGACAAGGCCCCUGGGCAAGAAAGUACUGAUCGUGGACAUCGACACGCGUGUACCGACCGGCGAGAAUGAGCUUCUCAACCCAGAACGCAUGGACUGGGAGAAUCUCAAGACUUCAGGCGCCGGCAUGGUUUCUAACUCCAUCAUGAAUCACUACCUAUACGCCAUGGUCCAUGGGUACGACUACAAAUUCUAUCAGGCGCGCGACAUGAAGGAUCAUUACAACACGUGGAUAUUGCCCCACGUUCUGCGCGAGCUGAUACCCGAUUACCAGUUUGUGGUCGUAAUGGAUGCCGACGUUACAAUCCCACACCUCGACGUUCCAUUCGAAUGGAUGUUCAACCGCUGGGGCAUCAAGCAGCAUACGUCAAUAGCUCUCCCAUGGGAUACUGAGGAAUUUCGCGACGAAGGUUCGAUUAGCAUAGAUGGCAAGGGGAUGCGCGUCCUCAACACAGGCCUGGUGAUUGCGCAGAAUUCCUCCAUGACAUUGGAUUUGCUCGAAGCGUGGCGCGAUUGCACGACCGAGACACGCUACAAAGGCUGCGCGCGAUGGAAAAACGAAUGGAGUCAUGAACAACGCGCAUUCUCAGAAUACAUUCGUUACGACUUCAACAAGACGCCUGAAACGAUCGUUAGUAUACCCUGCGAUGAUGCAGUGGGAUGGCCGGGUUUCCGCCAGGAUAUGUUAAACCGUCCCGGUACCGCCAAUCAGGAUGUAUCGGAUUGCAACGGAAACUUCGUUAGGCACUACACAACCAUGGGUAAGAGCCGAGUCAAGGAUGCGAGCGCAGUCAGCGUCAUGCAGAUGUUGAGCGAAGCACUGCAGAAGAGCAUCUUGGCGAAUCCAGGAGAAGUAUGGUACAAAGAACCAGAAAAGAAGGUCGAAGAGUCAAAGCCGAAAGAUCAGCCAACAGAAGUGCGGGAAGACGAGAAGAACAAAUCGGACACCGAUCUGGUUCUGAUAGAAAGAGAAGAAAGAUGA